CUGACUCUCGCUUAGGGCUCCUUCCCCACCCCCGCCUGCUGCCCUCGCGUGGGCAGGGGGCCGGUCCACCAAAGGGUCCUGAGCUUGUCCAGGGUGCUGGAGGAGGAAACCGGCGGAGCAGCUUCCCCACUCUCAGUUGCGCGUCUGGCGAUGGCGAACGGAGGUCCCGCUGCGCUCCCCGCCGCGCUCCUGCUCCAUUAGCCGCGCCGCGCCGCGCCCCGCCGCGCCCUCGCCGGUGCCUCUCGCGCUCGUCGCUCGCUCGCUCGCUCGCUCUCCAGCAGGGAUCGGGCUCCGCUGCCCGGCACGACCCCCUUCCCCCGCCCCUCGCUCGGCCACCUCCGACCCGGGGCGCGCGACCAAGCCCCCGGCCCGGCUCCCUCUCUCGCCCCGGGAGCACCCGCUCCCUCGCCCCGGCCCGGCCCUCCCCGCGGCGCAGCACGGAGUCUCGGCGUCCCAUGGCGCAACCCACGGCCUCGGCCCAGAAGCUGGUGCGGCCGAUCCGCGCCGUGUGCCGCAUCCUGCAGAUCCCGGAGUCCGACCCCUCCAACCUGCGGCCCUAGAGCGCCCC